GUGUGCUUUUCAGUAUUUUUUCGCUCUCUGCCUAUUACAUAUGUAUUGUAACGUACAGUUACCAUUAUAGCGUACACAGGCAUCCACGGUCUUCUCGAAACGUUCGUGUGCGCUGCCGUGCUACGUAUCCUACGUAUUAUCUUCGUCGCUCUCCCCAAGUGCUCCGUUGAAAUAACAUUAUUUUAUUUUUUGAUCAAGACUUUUGUGCAAUUUACGUACGUAUUUCGUUUGAACAUGUUGAAAAACGUGGCUCUGUUUUUCUGCUUGACGGUCUUUCUAGUCUCAGGUGACGGAAAUGGCACGAGCCAAAUUGUGCCAUCAACCAUCGCACCAAAAUCAGUAGAACCAGUCGUUACAAAGAGCCCUCCACCUGAAAUACCAAUUCAGCCUACUGAACCGCCUAAGCCCUCACCUCCAACACCGGCUCCUACAAACACCACAACAACGUCGACAACGACCACUUCUACAACUACCACUACUACUACCACCACCACCACCACAACAACCACCACACAGGCUCCACCGAAUACAACAACCACAGCUCCGACAACUACCCCAAGUCCUCCAACUCCAGCACCAGCUCCGCAGGUUGGCCAGUGGAUGGUCAAUGGAACAAACGAGACUUGUAUCAUUGUUAAAAUGGCAGUACAAUUCAACAUUAGCUAUGAAACCACAGACAACAAGACAAUGUGGCAAGUACUAACUCUACCAACCGACAAAAAUGUGACAGAAUCUUCCGGCAGCUGCGGUGAUAUGGAACAAACGCUGAAUAUCACAUGGCACGAUGCAGCAGAUUCUCUGUCUAUACAUUUCAUAAAGAACACAACAACUAAAAAAUAUGCGAUGCACCACGUCGAAGUUUCCCUCGGCUCGCACGAAUUUCCGAAUAUAAAAUCUAACACCACCGUGCAAUUACUUCACGAAGCUGAUCAAUUCUCAACGACUUUGAAGAACUCUUACAGGUGUAUGAGGCUGCAGAAACUGAAUUUGGAGCAAACUAAUAGCAACCAAACUCUAGGAUUCGUCGAGAUUUCAAAUCUCCAAUUCCAGGCAUUCAAAUCCGACAGAGAUACGACAUUCGGAUCUGCCGAAGAUUGCGCAGUGGAUGUACCGGACGCGGUGCCGAUAGCAGUGGGUUGCGCUCUCACAGCUCUCGUAAUAAUCGUAUUGCUCGCGUACCUCAUUGGUCGCAGACGCAGUCACGCCGGCGGCUAUCUUAGUCUUCAUUAUCCCGAAUCUGUUGACGACGAUGCGAUCGUGAUUUCAUCGAUAAUAUUGGAAUUUGAUAGAUGAAUAAAAAUCCAAAAAUGAGACUUUCAAUUGAUUUCGAAAGUAAAUAAGAAGAAUGGAAAAACAUCGUCGUAGGGUAGUUUCUAAAUUUUAUAUCUUCGAACAGAUUUUUAUUGGGAAAUUCAAAGCUUCUUGUGAAGUGAAUUUGAAAAAUAAUUAUACGAGAAACGCUAAAAAGUUUUUGCGCUUUUGUUUCGGCCAAACUUAGUUUAUAAACUUCGGAAGUGGCUCGAAUUGAUUAUUAAUUCGGCAGAUACAGGGAACGGAAAUAUAUUGCAAAGAGAAAAGAAAAGAAAUGAUGAAAAUAAAAAACCAAGAGCAUAGAGUCGGGUUCAAAGAAAGAAAGAAAAGUACGGGAAUAAUGAAUCGUAAAAACGAUCAUUGAACAUUGUUUUCCGUAUCCUCGUUGUCAAUAUUCCGCACUCGUGCCUGAAUUUAUCAUUGUUUCCUUUGAGGAGCAUUUUUAUUUUUUGUUUCAUGGAGAAUUUAAACGAAAAACCUCAUAAUGUAUUAUUGGAUUAUAUAUUUCGCCAAUUGUCUAUUGUUCCUCCCCCUCCCCUCCCUUCAUUUAUUUUAUACGAAUAUACUGUUCGACCACAAAUUGGCAAAACGGCUCGAUCGGUAAUACAAGCGAAUUGGUCAUAUGUAAUUCGCCCGAAAUAAUGAAAAACACCGAAAUAAAGUUAAAACGCUGAAACGUUGCUGUCGACUUGUACUUUAUAUUAACAUUCCCUAGGCGAUGAUAAGUUCGUAUCAUUUUUAUGCGUGACUUCCAUUAUUUCGUUUCUCUACAUUUUCAAUUAAAUUGUACCAAUACUUACCGUUCAUUGAUUUUGUCAUUUGUUUUUUUAUUCAAUAUUUUUAUUGUAUAUCAUAAUAUAUAAUAGUGUACCAAGAAAGUAAUGAAAUUCGAGCUUGCUUACGUCUUUUGCAAAUUCGUCAGACAACGUGCAGCAUAAUCGUCAAACUGUAAUGCGUCUCACGACAAAUUUGAACGCGAAAUCUCGACAGAAGAGAAUAGAUGAAAAAAAAAACGCAGAUAAUUUGAAUCAUUUGUACAAUUGUGACAGAUGAGUCUGCGCGAUCGGUCAAAGGAAGAAAGACAGGGAGAGAGAGUAACGAGCAGAUAAUGUUUUCGUCAAUCAUAAGCGCUACUGCUGUAAGAAAUACAUAUUAUAUAUACAUGAAAUGAGAAUAAACACGGUGAUAGAAAUUAUCGAGAUAAAA